UAAUGGCACAACAUAUUCUUUUUUUUUUUAAUUUAUGCGUUGUACUAUAUAAUGUUAUAUUUUAUAUAAUACAUAUAUACAUUAUAUUUUGUAUACAUAGACAUUUAUAUUCCGUAUUUUAAAAUCAACUAUUAUUCUUUGUAUAUUUGUGUUUUUAUUUGAUACUAUUGUAAUACGAAUUAAUUCCUAUUGGUAAUGUUAUCGAUCUUUUUGUAAAACGUCUUUUUUUAAAGUAGAAGCUCAGAAGUAGCCAAAUUAUUUUGAUAUCUUUUCAAGACAUAAGUCUAAAAAAGAAGCGCAACAUAUUCCGUAUACUUUUCUUCGAUGUGGACUAUUGAAAUUUAAAUGAACCGAGUCGUGUGCCUGUAAACAUCUCCUCCCAUGAAAUAUUAAAAUGCUCACAACCGCGUACGCAUAAGAUGAUUUAUCGGUGCCUUUAUAUUUCUUCUUCUUUUUUUAUUUAGUUGUUUAUUCGAAACUAGUACAUAAUUUUAUUCUUUUGCAAAAUAACAUAUUAUUUUAUGAAAUCUAUUGAAGGUAUUGCUUGUUAUAUAUUAUAAUAACAAAACACGAGACUUUAAUACAACAAUAACUUUGACUAUCAAUGAUAAUUUUGAAAAAAUCAGAAAAUUGACAAUGUAUAAAAGAUAACAAUAUAAAAAUUAAUUUAUCUUUUACUAAUGUAUUCUUCUUCUUUAAUAGUGUGAAACGAAGAUUCAAUGUACUAUAUCUCUUUCGAAUAAAUCGAAGUUGAAUAUCCUGCAACUCUCUCGAACACUCCCACACAGCGAUGUAUCAAAUCGAUAACUGAAAAAUUAAUAUUUAAUACAAAUUCUCCACACCGUGUAUUCUAUUUCGAAAAGCAGCGGGCCCGGCGGCGCCAUACGAGAUGGGUGGAUCGAGGGUCAAAUUUCUUCUCCUACAGGGACCGGUCGCACCGGCGAUCGCGCAGGAUUACAUUUACUUUCUUCAUCCAGCGAGCAUAGCGAUAUACACGUCCGAUCGUGUGUCCACUCUUCCGUACAAAUUCAUAUGCUAGAGUGACCAGCAGCAUAAAUUGAAGAGAUGAACUCGGUGAAAGAAGUAUACGGUAACAGAUGGAUGGCGUGGUGGAGAAGAAAUUCAACCGCCUUGCCAGUCGCUGCGACAAUUUCGUGCAAUCUCGCGUACUUCGUGGAGGCCGGUUACACGCGCAUGGCUGCGGUGCUUUCGAUGAUUUCGCUGGGUGGUGUUACCUUGUACUAUAUUUCUAAACGUCGAUGGAAAAUAAAGUCGCGAGAUCUUGUCAUUCUAACCGGUUGCAAUUCCGGUUUGGGCUACAGCUUAGCGAUGCAUUGUCGCGCUCAGGGCGCAACAGUUUUAGCCGGGGUGCGCGAAGCAGCUGUGAUGCUGAAACCCAAUGCUGCUGUUGAAUCAUUAAAGAAUAAAGGUAUCAUCGUUCACCAACUCGAUAUCACGAAUGCAGAAUCCGUUCGAGGAUUUGGAGAAAGAGUCAAGCAACUGUUGGAGGAACAGCAAUUAGUGCUGCGUGUAUUGGUAAAUAAUGCGGGGAUGAUGGUGUUCGGCGAGUUCGAGUGGCAGACGCAGGAUCUCGUGGAGAAUCAGAUAAAUGUCAAUCUUUUGGGAACGAUGAGAAUCACGCGGGAACUGAUGCCAAUCAUACGGCAGAACGGUAGCAGAAUUAUCGUCGUGUCCAGCCAUUGUGCCGCUGAUCCUUUGCCGGGUAUAAGCAUCUACGCGGCGACAAAAGCCGCCCUUCACGCGUGGACCACCGCUCUUCGGGUAGAAGUCGGCAAAUACGGCGUCAAUGUAGUUGAUUUUAUACCUGGUGGUUUUAUAUCAGAAAGUAAUAUCAUGAGACGGCAACGAUUGUUCUUUGACGAAAUGGAACAACAUAUGUCGGAUGAAGCAAAACAAUUUUAUGGCAAUUAUUUCGCUCGAUAUGCCGAGUAUUUUUCCCAGGCAAGCCUGUCGUCUGGCAAUCAAGACAACAUAACACUCCUAUCGAAUCCGAGAAUCUACGAAACCUUUGAUAGCGCUCUUCUUGAUGUCUAUCCUUCGGCGAUUUACAGAUGCGAACCAUGGAGAUACUUCUUUUAUCGAAUAUUAUUUAAAAGCACUCCGACGUGGAUACGUGAUCGAUUAGUACAAAACUUCGUCAAUGCACCAUCGUGGCAGAUCAACAAACAAUAAAUCAUUGUUAUUAUCUUAUUAAAUACUUUUUCAAAAUCCAAUAUUUUCUCUUGCGUUUCGUUCAAGAGAAGAAUAUUAUAAUGUUUUAAAAAACUGGAGAGAGAUGAUAUUUAUAUAUAAUUCAAUAUACAAAUAAAAUGGGAAUAAUAAUUAAAA